AUGACGUCGUCUAGUAAGUUCAAAAAUCAUCAUAUAUCAAUAUUAGACUAUUGGAACAAAGGCGUACGAUCUGCUCCUGCUAUUCAUCAUAAAACAAAGAUCCCACUGAGGACUAUAUAUUACAAUAUUAAUAAAUUGAAACAAACAGAUUCACUUAAACAUCGAGGAGGAAAUGGUCGACCACGUGCACUUUGUGCAAUUGAAAAGAAAGCUAUCGGCCAAUAUAUUCGUCGAAAUAAUGAAAUUACCAUUAAUGAAAUCAAAGAAAAAUUAUCAACAACUUAUCGUUCAACAGUAUCUGCAUCAACAAUACGUCGUCAUCUUCAGCGAUCUGGCUAUCGAAAUGUAUUACCGAGAAAAACCCAUAUAUUAACAUCCGAUGAUAAACAAAGACGAAUUCAAUGGGCCAAGAAACAUAAAAAUGAUGAUUUUAUACGUACAAUAUUUACAGACGAAUGUUCAUUUCAACUUUAUCGAAAUACAGUUCGCCGGUGGUCGAAAUGUCCAAAUAAUGAAGUCAAACCAAUACCGAAAAAUCGUCAAAAAAUCCAUGUGUGGGGUGCAGUGAGUACAGAGGGUGUACUGAACUGUCAUACGUUUAAAUGCAAUCUUAAUGGUGAAUAUUAUGUUCAUAUACUCAAGAAUUACCUUCUUCCUGCUGCAAGGCGUCAGUCUCAUCGAAACUGGCGUCUACAGCAGGACAAUGAUCCAAAGCAUCGAAGUAAUAUUUGUAAAAACUUCAUUCAAGAUCAUGUACCGGAAUUGUUAGAUUGGCCAUCUAACAGCCCAGACGUUAACCCAAUUGAAAACAUCUGGUCGAUCGUAAAACGCAAAGUUGAAAAGAGGAAGCCAAAAAAUAUUGACGAACUUGAACGUUUUUUAGUUAUAGAACUCAAAAAUAUUGAUAUUAAUAUUGUAAACAAUUGUAUCAUGUCCAUGAAAGAUAGAUGUUUGUCUCUUAUUUCUUCUAAAGGUGAACGAAUAAAAUAUUAG